AUGACGGUGGGUGAUGAACUCCUCGACCUUGAGAGUACCUUUCAUGUAAUCCUCAACAAGACCAGGGAGUUGAGAACGACCCUUGACACCACCAAAGGCAGAACCUCUCCAAACACGACCAGUAACCAAUUGGAAGGGACGAGUAGAGAUCUCCUUACCAGCAGCAGCAACACCAAUGAUAAUAGAUUGACCCCAGCCCUUGUGACAAGCCUCCAAAGCACUGCGCAUGACAUCGACAUUACCAGUACAGUCAAAGGUGAAGUCAAGACCACCGUCAGUGACUUCAACCAAGUGCUCAGCAAUUGGCUUGUCCACAGUCUUGGGGUUGAUGAAGUCGGUAGCACCGAACUUGGUAGCCCAUUCCUUCUUUUUGUCAUCAACGUCGAUAACAAUGAUCUUACCGGCCUUACGAGCAGCAGCACCUUGAACAACCGACAAACCAACACAACCAGCACCAAAUACAGCAACAGAGUCGCCCUCUUGGACAUUGGCAGUAAUGGUAGCAGCACCAUAACCAGUAGUGACACCGCAACCUAA